UGGGCAUUCGGCGGCGUUUUGCGUUUAGUUGAAGUUCUUCUCUCUUAUUCAACGGUACUUACUUGCUGUGUUUUUUCGUGGCUGGAUUUCCUUUGGUAUAUUUUUGUUGUUGUUGUUGGAAUUGAAUACUUACAACUGCCGUGUUGUAUUAAGUAAUCCGAAUAAUAAGAAGUUUAUUUAAUCGAAUCUUGUAAUAACUUAAGACGUGUAAUCGUGCAUUAAAGUUUUGUCCAUACAUCUUAAACAUCAUCAACAAACAUGUGCAACCUCAGGAAAGCCUCAUCCGCCCUUCAAAAACUCUUCGUUUGCAGUUCAUUGAAAUAUGGACAACCAAAUCAUUCAAUUCUAGCAAAUCCCGCAAAUGGUUAUGCUAAAUUUUGGUGUCGAGCAACAACAACAGAAAAACUUCCAUUGGUCAUUGCAACACGUUAUAGCAUUCCAUUUUUAUUGAAUAAGCCCGGUGUUGGAUAUUAUGUCUCAGGUGAAAUUUAUGAAGUUGACAAUAAAAUGCUUAAAGUAUUGGAUAAUUUAGAAGACUGUCAAGAUAUUUAUUCAAGGGAAAUGCAUAAUAUGAAUAUUGGUAUUGGAGAGGGGGAUGUUCCAUGCUGGGUGUACCUUUUACAAAAGUAUCCCGAAAAACUUUUGUCACUUAAGUUCUUGUCAUCGUACGAAAAUGGCGCUGAACAUCCCUACGUGACAAGAAACAAAAGAACACACAAGCAUCCGGCUAAUGAAGAUCUUGCCUAUACAGUGGGAGCUUAAAUUUAUUAAGGAGGAGAAUUUUCAAUUCAAGUUGAUAAGUGGAUAUAUUAUUUAAAUGAAAGCUCAGCACAUUAUACAAAAGUAAAAGAGUGCAUUUAUUUAGUUUA